GGGAGGAUCGCGGAAGCGGCGCAGCUCCCGGCCCCUCGCUAACCUGCAGCGGGACACCGAGCCCCCAGCUCCUUCCCUCCCUCCUCACUACAUUACACUACCCACCCCGGGCCAGCGACUGUGCCGAGACCAGGGACCCUCCGCCGAAGUCACCAGCGCCGCUGGCGAUGGCUCUCACCCGCCGCAAUGUUGCUCUUCGAAACUUGGAAAAUAUGGAACCAGUCAAGCCAUUGGCCAAGGUGACUGCAGCUACCCAAAGGCCUGCCUUGGGAGACUUGGCAAAUCGAGUUAUGACUCGAGCAAAUCAGAAAAAACAAAUGGCAAAUGUAGUUUCUAAACCAGUGGCAUCCAAACCAAAAGAAAAAGUUUUGCCAAAACAAGUCACAAAACCAGUGGCUCAUGAGUUGAGGCCGGCAGUGCAGGUGAAGCCAGUGGCUCAUGGGAUGAAGCGAGCAGUUCCGGAGAUGAAGCCAGUGGUUCGGGAGCCCAUUCCACAGGCCCCCCUCUCUCCAAUACCUAUGGAUGUCUCAAUGACAGAGGAUGUGUCUAUGAAAGAGGAAGACCUGUGUCAAGCUUUUUCUGGAGCCAUCCUGGAGGUGGAAGACAUUGAUGCUCAAGAUAGAGAUAAUCCUCAGAUGUGUAGUCAAUAUAUAAAAGACAUCUACAAAUAUUUGCGGCAGUUGGAGAUGGAGCAAGCAAUCAAGCCUCAUUACCUUGAAGGGCAAGAAAUAAAUGAGCGCAUGCGUGCAAUCCUAGUUGACUGGCUAAUUCAAGUUCAUUCAAAAUUCCGCCUGUUGCAAGAAACUCUCUUCAUGACCUUGGCUAUAAUGGAUCGUUUUUUGCAAAACCAGCCAGUUUCCCGAAAGAAGCUUCAAUUAGUUGCUGUGACUGCCAUGCUGCUGGCUUCCAAAUAUGAAGAGAUGUAUCCACCUGCGAUCGGAGACUUUGUUUACAUCACAGACAAUGCUUAUACCAAGAGCCAGAUCAGGCAAAUGGAAAUACUUAUUCUUAAAGAGCUUGACUUUAAAUUGGGCCGGCCCCUUCCACUGCACUUCCUCAGACGAGCUUCAAAGACUGAUGUUGAUGCUGAGAAAUACACCCUCGCCAAAUAUCUAAUGGAGCUAACAGUUAUAGACUAUAAUAUGGUGCACAUCCACCCUUCUGAAAUUGCAGCAGCUGCACUUUGCCUGUCUUUCAGAGUCUUGGGCCAAAGUAAAUGGACAGCAGUUCAACAAUACUAUACUGGGUACACGGAGGAAGCCUUGAAUUUGACUAUGAAACACAUGGCAAAAAAUGUAGUUAAAAUGAAUGAAGGCCUCACAAAGCAUGUUGCUAUAAAGAACAAAUAUGCAAGUCCAAAACUACUGAAAAUUAGCACCAUCCCUCAACUGAAGUCGUCACUUAUCCAAGAACUGGCCUCUUCCUUACUGUAACCUUCUAAAGAGUAACAUGGACAUUGAUGCACUUUGCAGAUGUUUUAAAUGGGGAAAAUUGCUGCUAUUACACUUAACAGGUCCAGCCUUUGAAAAGUUGUGUUGCAUAUCCUGUACUCAUGGGAGUUGUACCAAAUGGGUACUUACCCAUGUUUAACACCUUGUUAAACUUUUCUGUCCCAGUGUUUUUGUGACUGAGUCCAGCAUGCUUCUAGUCUUCAAUUUCAGCUCCUGUAGCUCUUGGUUUGGAGGGACUAUAGUCCAGACUGGUCUAAUGUCGGAAGCUGACCCAAGGGCUUGUGGAGUCCAGACCAGCCAGGUGCUUUUUUAAUUUAGAUUUAUGUAAAUUUUAAAGCUUUUUUUCCUGUCUAAUCUAAAAUUUGUUGCAAUGCAAACUUAUUCUAAGUUUUCUUAUUUAAAAAAAAAUCCACUGAUUUUAUUCUUGUGGGAGUGACUUUCUUGUGCACAAGAUUGCUUUUCCUAUUUUUACAAUACUUGGGGAAAGUUUCACUUGUUUGCUUUGUUCCUGGAAUAUCUAGUUUGUUUUUUUUCGUCUUUCUCUACCCAUCCCAGCAGCAAACUUGUUAAGCUGAGACUAGAUCCAUAGCUUUAUUAAACUCUAUCUUUGUAAAGUGUCUUCAUUUAUUUUGACUUCCACAAAGGUGGCAUCACUGAGCUGCAUGGAGCAAAAAUUUACUUGGUUUUGUUACUGCUUCCCGCUAGUUAAUUGCGGUGGGAGUAAAUUGGCCAAGGCUCCUGCAAAGUCAGAGAGGUCUCAACAUGCAAUGCAAGUACAAUAUUCACCUGCCUUGGGUGAAGUUAGUUUCUUUAAGGUAGUGCACCAGUAGAAAUAUAACCUGAAGUGUGCAAGAGUUAAUUAGAAUUCUUGAUUGCACAUUUUGGUUUUAAUCUCCAGCAGGCUGAAGCUGUCACUAAGCAAGGCCUGCUGAACCAUUUCCAAGCAAGUUACAAUGUGUGUAGUUGCUUGGGUAUGUACUAGAGGGCAGCUUGAGGAUAAAUUAGCAGAAGGAUGAGGAAAGAAGCUCUAUUGUAGUCCAAGUAAAUGAAUAGCCUCUCUGCACAAAUCCUAAAUAUAACUGAAUAAAUCCAGACUUUUGCAUUUGUAUAUUUUACCACCUUGCCUUGUUAAAGGUAUCAUAAGCCCCCAAGGGAUCUUUUGGUGUUUGGUUUAAAAAAAAACAGUAACUAGUUCCAUAUUACUUCACUAAUGCUAGGACUACAACACUAGCAAUCAUUGCUUAGUGUUUGAAUCUCAAUGGGUGCUGAAGCCGUGAUAAGCUUGAAUGUAAUGUGGUAUUACUGGAUGUGAUUUUAAACUGUUUUUGAAGAUGUUGCACUAUUAUUAUGAAGCAACUAGCAUAAAUGCUGUCCCAUAAAUAUUUUUAAUUUCCAUCCAGUUUCAUUGUGAAACUUGAUACAUCAAUGAAGUGUAAAUAAAAUUAUUUGCAAAUAUA